CAUUAAAUGAGGAGCAGAGAAAAUCAUUUCAGCCWGAAACCAAAGCAGAGCACUAAAUGUAGCAAAUCUGUUUGCUUGACUUCAUCCUGUUCUUUUAAACUUUACUUUCUUUAGGAGUAGGGCCAUCCUACAUGACUUUUAGCAUCUAAACAAGAUAUUUUUAAGGAUUCAUUAGUUUCACAUUAAGGUUGAAGAGUUUUUGUUGGCAUGAAAGAAGAAAUUGCUGCAGCUGUGUUCUUCGUGGCCCGGCUGGUGAAGAGGUACGGCUGUUUGGACCCGGACAGGAGGGAGCGCUUCGCUGCCGUCCUCACCUCGGUUCUGUUCGAGAGCUACAAGAACCACUGGCACCCGAACGCACCGUCCAGGGGCCAGGCUUACAGGUGUCUCCGUAUGAACUGGAUCCAGCUGCAGGACCCGCUGCUGCAGCUGGCCUGUGAGCGGAGCGGGGUCCAGUACGGGGAUCUGGGCCUGCCCCGGGAGAUCACGGUGUGGGUGGAUCCUGGAGAGGUGUCCUGCAGGUACGGUGAGCAGAGCAGCCCCUUCUGUAUCUCCAUCCUGGACAGCUGCCGACGAGAUCGUGAGUUUUCCCGCCGCAUCCACGAUGCCGUGGAGCGGGCGAGCCUGGACGUCCAAUCAGGGAGCUCUUCYGACGAAGAGGAGGAGCCUGUGGAAAAAUGCUGCAUCAGCGGCAGUUGUCCCGCCCCCUGCCCCGCCCCGGUGCCCACCACCAACCCGGAGCCCAAAACCAUCCCGACUGUCAGCAACCCCAACAGUGUUUACCGGUUCAGUGAGUUCUCCCCGGGCGCCCCUCACACCUGGCUGAGGGAGAAGAGGAAGGUCUUUCCUGGGGAUCCGUUCCAAAUCGCUGGUCCACCACCUCAGUUCUCCAACCCAAAAGGUUUUAAAUCCUACCGRGCCACAUUCACCUUCUCAGGGCCUCGAGUUGAUAAAUACCACUGGGUCAGCAAGUCCCGAUCUUAAAUUAACCAAGCUUUUUAAAUUUUUUUUGUAUUUUUUUUUUUUCUCCCAGCACUUAUACAAGCUCUGAAAAUUUGAAUAAAAAGUGUUUCAGGACGAUUUGUGAACCUUCACAGGAUGAAAUUAAUAUUAUGAUUUAAAAUAUUGCUGUUUAAGCAUGCUUUUACUCAAAACUUGUUCUUUUUUUUAUUUCUGCGUGUUUUUAACUGAGAUUAAAGCAAGUGUGAAUAAAGUCGGAUUGAACUGUCAUUGAAAAGAAAUAAACGUGUUUCACCUCA